CUGUUCACCAUGGACGGGUUGAAUUUGGGAAACACGUCAGCCUCUUUUAUUGGCGUUAACUCUUCGUGGAUAAGAUGGAUAUUUUCACUAUGGAUCAUUUUGCCUACAAUUGCUGUAUUUUAUUACUGGAAAUGGAGUCGAUCUAGAACCGUAAAACUCAUCAACGCCAUACCUGGACCAAAGCCGUUACCACUAUUAGGCAAUCUUCUAGAUUUGGAUGUCUAUAGCGAAGAAUCCUUGAAAAUGAUGACAAUUGAUUGGGUGAAACAGUAUGGACCAAUUUAUCGUGUAUGGCUGUGUACACGCCCUAUUGUAGCCUUGUCUUCCCCGGAGCUGGUGCAGGAAAUAUUAGCCAGUUCUAAACACAUCACAAAAUCAAGCGAUUAUUCAAAUUUCAGUAGUUGGCUUGGCAAUUGCAUGUUUACCUCAACAGGUGCGCACUGGAAAAAUAGACGAAGAUUAGUUACUCCAGGUUUUCAUUUUCAGAACUACAACAAUUUUAUCGACAUCUUCAACGAGAAAAGCUCGAACUGCGCGGCAGAAUUCGAACGUAUCAUCGACACCCAAGGCCAUACCAAGAUGGACGUUACUCAUCUUAUGGCCAACUGCGCCUUAAAUAUAAUUUGUGAAACAGCGAUGGGCCAGCAAACGAAAUUCGAAAAGGAAAAAGAAAUUUACGUUAGCAACAUUCAUAGAAUUUGCCAGAUUUUCGUUGAACGUGUCAGCCGACCUUGGCUUUCAAACGACUGGAUUUACAAGCUGUUCCCUCUAGGUCGUGAAAGUGAACGCUGUGUCAAUGCCCUCCACGCUUUCACGAAUAAGGUUACACGAUACCGCCGUGAAAUGCUUGAACGACAACCAAACAAAUUCCCAGAAACCAUAGAAAACAGUGGCAGAUUUGCCAUAGUAGAUGGACUGAUACAGGCGUCUAAUAAGGGCGCUGAUCUAGAUGAUAACGGAAUCAGAGAAGAAAUCGAUUUAAUCACGUUCGCUGGAUACGAUACAACUUCUGCAGCCAUGGUCUGGUUUCUUUACCUCAUUGCUAAACAUCCGGAGCAUCAGCAACUGAUAGUGGACGAGCUGGAUUUAGUUUUCUGCGGUGAUCGAGGCCGUCCUUGCACUACCAAUGAUGUUUCUGAGCUCAAGUAUUUGGAAUGUUGCAUUAAAGAAACAUUGAGACUCUAUCCGAGUGUGGCGUUUAUCAUGAGGUGUCUAACGGAAGACGUUGAUAUAGGUGGAUAUACAAUACCAGCUGGUGUUACAGUUGUUCCCACAUUUUAUGCGAUCCAUCGCAAUCCUUGCGUUUUUCCGGAUCCCGAAGCAUUUAAACCGGAACGAUUUUUUCCCGAGAACAGCAUUGGCCGGCAUCCGUAUGCCUUUCUUCCCUUCAGCGCUGGCCCACGCAACUGCAUAGGGCAAAAAUACGCAAUGCUAGAAUUAAAAGUUGUUCUCGCCAACCUUUUACGCCGGAUAGAGUUUUCCGUCUCUGAUCCAGCAAUCUCAGACGCGCCUGAUUUAGGAUUCGUGUUGAAACCGAAGCACGGCGUCCGUCUCGUAAUUUCUAGACGGUUGAAUAAGUUAUAACACCACUUCACUGACACGAAUUUCUUGCCACAAAACAUUUUUCGAAAUGGCAGUUCAGUGAGACAAGUAUCUAACUAGAAAUUCCGGUUAUUAUAUAACAUACAAUAUCUGCACAGCUAAAUGUGAAAGGAAUAGCGGUCACCCCUUGAACCAACAAUAUCAGACGCAGGCUGCAUCACGCAGCAUAGAAGUGACGUAGAUACCUAACAUGAUAUUCUUCCCAUUAUUUAAAAACAAU